AUGUUUCAAAAAGUUUUACUCAACAAGUUGAAUUUGAUUUUGAUAGAAACCGUGUUAUGUUCUAACGGUUCAGAAGGCAGCUCAGUACAAUACAGCAUCACUUCAAACCAUCAAUUUAAUGGUACAAUUGGUUAUAAUGGCGGGGAGAUUCAGCAACGUGAAAUGAAUCCUAGCACUGAAAAUACUUCAUACACAUCUGACCCGUUUGAACCUGAUAUUUCUAAUGGAACUAAUGAUAAUGAGCAGGAUUGUUUGAUAGAGCCUGAUGAUCUAUCUUCAGGUGUUACUUCAAUACUUCAGGAAAUACGAUGGGACGAAAUUAAGGAUAUUGUGAGAAGGGACGUUGAUUCUGCAUAUAUUGCAAAUGCUCAUUUUGAUCUUGAAAAAAGCAUAAAAUCUCUAGAAUACAUUGAUGCGAUCUUUAAAACGAUUUGUACUGGUGGUAAUAUUUGCUUUUAUAAAGAUUCGAUCGAUCAUAUCUUUUUUGCAAUGUAUAUUGAACUGGCUAGAAUUGGCUAUUAUUUUCAAAUUUCUGAGGAUGCAGUUGGAUGUGAUCUUGAUAGCGUGUAUACGGGAUUGAGCUAUAAUAAGUUGUUUUUUCAUAUUGGCAUGACCAUUUCCUUCUUGAAAAAUCACUUGGCUUUUAACCAUGGUAAUGAUCCAUCCUUUUGUAUUGACACUGAGAUAUGGAAGGGUUUGAUGCACUUAGGACUGCAUCUGUAUAGUAAAGAAUAUUUGAAGAAAGAUCAACAACUGAUUAGCUUUUCUGAUCAAAUAAGUAUGUGA